AUGGCGGCAGCCUAUUUGGGACUUGCUGUUUUAUCGUGUUGGGGAGUUUUGACUGUCAUGUCCGCUGAUACCAGCUGUGUGUCUAAGGGUCAGUUAUAUACGAAGCUACCCUGGUACGGCUAUCUCGUUCAGAAGACAUUUCACCCCAACGACGCUAAAAUAGAGUAUCAGAUUUCUUAUCCUGUAAGUGAGGGCAGUGCUAAUCUACUGAUCUACUAUGACGACCAGGUACGAAAACUCAAGGACGAAAUGUCAUGUAAGGAACGAGAAAAUAUUCUGCCCGCCAAAAAUAACCAAGUGAUUCCAUUAAACGAGACAGGAAGGUGUACAGUAUGGCGAGAUAGUGGUGAACCUCUUUAUGUGUGUGUCGGCGAACGUGUGUUCAAUUCAAGCUUUCCAAGGACCUGGUACUUUGCUGUGAGCAAGUGUUCUAUGAAUGGUUCUCAGUCUUUGAAUAUGAACUAUUAUUUCAAUGUAACAGGAUAUUAUGGUGCAUGUGAAGUUGAUCCGUUGUCUAAAACAGUAAUUCCUGCACGCGUUGAGGUUGAACCGGAUGUCAGUGUCAUUGUGGCGCUUGGAGUGGUAUGUGGUGUGACUUCAAUAACUGCAAUAGUUUUCAUGAUAUUGUUUUUUCUUGGUCGAAGACGACGCAAGAGCAAGAAAGGCGGAUCUGUGACGUCAUCACAGGCUACUAUGACGCAGGACAUUUUUUACGUGAAUCCUUCCUUAUCGGAUCGUGAACAUUCUGACUCACAAUACAGCCACAGUCAGUCAAGCGGAUCGGAAAACUAUUACGAGGUCAUCCCGGACCGUCGGAGUUACGAAAGUAUUAACACACAGCUUGCGCUACAAGGGCACGCCAUUCGUGGACUGAAUUUAAACGCGGCACACCUGAAGGAGCAGAGAAACUCUAACAUUCCCGCAUAUAUCCUAGAAGAUUAUCCGCCCCCGCCCUACCAGCCUCCAAGAGGGCUUCAUAACAUCCACGCCACCAUGCCAAGCGGCCUGCAUCACAGGCAAUCAAGUGCAAACGCCAUUCUCCAAGGCGGGAUUAGUCACUAUGCGUCACGCGCGGGAACACUUUCUGCCCCUAACAGUCAUAUGGCCGGAGGACGGCCAUCCAUUCACCAGCUUGCCGCAAGCGGCAUGCAUCCGAUGUAUCGACAAAAUCGGCCAGCCCAGACAACUCAAACCGAGGCUGAUGUAGAUACACACACUGGACCGAAGCAGGUGGUCAACGCGGGGGGUAACAGAAUGAAUGGUACCCCUGUUCACUCUGACAUUAUUCAACAAGCUCUGAACAGGCAGCCGCUGGUUCAUGCCACGAGCCAGGCAAGUCCUGUACAGAGUUCACCCCAAUCGCGCACAAGUGAAGUUCCUAUGACGUCAGACAGUGGCACUCAGCCGAUGACGUCAUUCCCGAAUGUAGUGCCAUCCUCAAGCACUCAAACAACACCGAUACAAAAUUCAAACUUUGUCAGGCAGUUGACAAACAGUGGCGCAAAAUCGAGCCAGCAAAACAUUCAACUCCAAACUUACGGACAAUCUAAGCACCAGUCACAAGGAAGUGGAAGUGGUAAUGUUAACAUUCCGAACGGAGGACGAGCACCACAAUAUCCGAACAGUAAUGUUGCUAAGUUACUGCACGAUGCUUAUCGGAUUCAGCAAUUUGAAACAACGGCAUAAUAGGUGG